AUGAAAUCAAAUCCGAUCCUUACGGUGUUGUCUGCGGCAGCAAUCGGUUUCUUGAUCGGCAUUUCUUUUCCCGUACAAAUCACACCAAAGGUAUUCCCGCUCUUCAGCCUCGGUGAUGGAAACUGCACGGUCAGCGGCAGCAACAAACUCGCCAGAUUUUCAGCACCCUUCGGAAAUAGCACUUCUAAUUCUGCAGAGGGGACUCCUCUGCUGCAGUCAAAUGCCACUUCAGAUUCAGAGAAGAUUGUUCCGGCGGCAAAAUCAAAACCAAAAGGCGCGGAGCGGCUACCACCAAACAUCGUUGUUCGGGAGUCUGAUCUUCACCUGCGCCGUCUUUGGGGACACCCGCGUGAGGACACCCCCACUCGCAAAUACCUUGUGGUGCUGACAGUGGGUUACAGCGAUAAAGUCAACGUCAAUGCGAUGGUUCACAAGUUCUCCGACGAUUUCGACGUGAUGCUGUUCCACUACGACGGUCGGACGACAGAGUGGGACGAGUUCGAGUGGUCCAAGCAAGCCAUUCAUGUCAGCGCCAGGAAGCAGGCCAAAUGGUGGUAUGCCAAGAGGUUCAUGCACCCCAGUAUCGUGGCGCCCUACGAGUACGUCUUCCUGUGGGACCAGGACCUCGGAGUCGAGACCUUCGAUGCUGAGGAGUACAUCAAGAUUGUGAAGAAGCAUGGGCUGGAGAUUUCGCAGCCGGGACUGGACAUCAUCAGGGGGGUGAAGAACUACGAUAUCAACGUCAGAAGGAACGACACCGAGAUACACACGUCGACGUCUGCAGGGAAGUGCAGUACCGACGUGCACCAGCGGCCGUGCAGCGGGUUCGUGGAGGUGAUGGCUCCCGUCUUCACCAGAGAGGCCUGGACUUGCGUCUGGCACAUGAUCCAGAACGACCUGGUUCACGGCUGGGGUCUCGACUGGAACUUCUGGAGAUGCGUCGACGAGCCUGAGCAGCAGAUCGGCGUGGUGGACGCGCAGUACGUGGCGCAUCACGAGGGGUUUACGCUCGGGAACAAGGGCAACGACACCGUGGACGGAAGUCGACGCAAGGUCAGGCUCCGGGCGUCGGCUGAGUUUGGCAUGUUGAAAGCCAGAUUGCACAACGCGGACAGGGCCCAGGCAGCGGCUCUUCUUGCCCAAUCGAAUGCAGCGCCACCGUCAUAA